GUGUUCUCCGAGUGAUGCUGCUACAGUAUGAACAGCUGGAGAUGCGAUGCUGUCAAAAGCGCCCGACGAUCAUCAGGUGAUGUGAACUCAGCCAACUCGUCCAUCCAGCUGAUUCAUCUUCUUUUAAAGACUCAACCGAUUGGUUAUUUGUCAAAACUAGCUUAUUUAGGGAAAACCCGUUCCGAACACGAAACAUCAUGGGGCGGAAGAAAAUACAGAUCUCUCGGAUUCUCGACCAGCGAAAUAGACAGGUGACAUUUACCAAGCGCAAAUUUGGUCUGAUGAAAAAGGCUUAUGAGCUGAGCGUGUUGUGUGACUGCGAGAUCGCUCUCAUCAUCUUCAACAGCACGAAUCGUCUUUUCCAGUACGCCAGCACCGAUAUGGACAAGGUCCUGUUAAAGUACACCGAAUACAGUGAACCUCACGAGAGCCGUACAAACACUGACAUACUGGAGACUUUGAGAAGGAAAGGAUUGGGGUUGGAUAGUUCAGAGCUUGAUCAUGAAGACAGUGUGACCCCGGGAACAGAGAAAUACCACGAUGGCAUGGACCUCUCCAUCACUCGCCAGCGCUAUUAUGCUCCUUCACUGCUGUCUUCAGAAGUGAUGGCUGCAAGUACCGAAAAUGGCUACAGCAGCUCCUCCAAUCCAAACCUAGGUUCCCAUCGUACUCCGUCCUACAAACCUUUGUGUAACAGGCUGGGCUCAGCUGCUUCUGUCAGCUCCAACUCCCAUCCAGCUCUCAUGGGACCGCACGCAGGUCUGGGCUAUUCGAUGUUCUCCCAUGGCAACCUGAGCAGGGCUUUGGAGAUGAAGACUCCGCCCCCUCUGAAUAUGACCAGUGAUGGACGACGUCUUGAUGCUCACAGCGGACUGUGUGGGACCCGCAGCAGUUUGGCCAAUGCUGUGAGAGAGUCUACAAAAAGAGCCCUCUAUCAGAGUAUGAAUGCUGGGGGCCACAUGAUGGCGAUGGGGAAGACAGGCUUACUGGGACACAGUCUGGGCAGCUACGGGGCCUCAGAAUACAGCCACCCCAGUUACACUAUGGGAUUUCAGCGCAGUUCUAUGAAUACCUGGCAACAUUUGUCUCAUCAGGACGCCCACCAGUCCAUGAUCAACCCCGGGAUGGCAUCAGGAGGAAUAUGCUCCUACUCAUCCCAGGGCUCCUCCCCUUCCUCGCCACCACACCCCUCUCUGAGCAUCAAAUCAGAGCGCGCCUCUCCUGAGCGCAUGCUCUCGGCCACGCCCCCCAGCCAUCACAUGCUGCAGCACUCACCGAUGGAGGAGCCCAAAGUUACCAGCUGCCCUCCGUCAGAGGAAUACACAGCUAUGGAGAGGGACGAGAUACAGAAGAGCAGUUACUCCGGCCAGCAUGGCCCAAACAGAGAGUCCGGAGAGGGGAAAAGCCACCAACCUCUGAAGCAACCUGACGGCAGUAAUGGAUGGAUAAGAUAAUUACCACAACCGGUUCUUUAAAUGUCUUAAAGGAAUAGUUCACCCCAAAAUUUACAUUUGCUAAAAAUGCACUCAACCUCAGGCAAUCCGAUGUCUAGAGAAGUUUGUUUCUACAUCAGAUUUGGAGAAAUGGAUGCUCUGCAGUGAAUGGGUGCCGUCAGAAAGAGAGUCCAAACAGCUGAUAAAAACAUCAGAAUAAUCGUGCUAAUUCACACGAGUCAAGUCCAUCAAUUAAAAUCUUGUGAAAUGAAAAGCUGCUUGUUUAAAAAAUAAUAAAUAAAUAAAUAAAACGAUGCUUCUUGCCAAAAUAUUAAUCCAUAAUACACUGUUGUCCUAUCUCUUCAUAAUCCACCAACAUAUAUGUUUACAACUGCUUUGGACUGUUUUCAGUUGUAAGCUGUGCUUGAUCUGUGCACAUUUCUCUCCUGAUUCGGAUGAGACAAUGGUGGAGAGUGCAAUAUUAUGGUUCUCGUAUUUUAGCUAGAAGCAAUGGUUUGAAAUCAAAAACUUCUUGAUGUUUAUUUGUUACUAGAAAUAUGCAGCUUUUCACUUUACAAGAUAUUAAUUGAUAGACUGGACACGUGUUGCUUGAGGAUCAUUGUGAUGUUUUUAUCAGCUGUUUGGACUCUCAUUCUGACGGCACCCAUUCACUGCAGAGGAUCCAUUGGUGAGCAAGUGAUGUAAUGCUGCAUUAUCUGUUCUGAUGAAGCGAGGCCGAAGGGUCAGUACAUUUUCAGCUCAUUUUCAUUUAAAUUGUAUUCCUUGAAAUUGUUUAGAUUUUUAUUUAUUUUUUUGAGAUGGCAUCUGUUUUUUGUUUUCAAAAAGAAACAUGCAUCAUAUUUCUCAUUGAUGUUAAAUUCCUCAAGCUUAAGAAAUACAUAAACACAAAUCCAAAGUUUUUAUUAAUCAGUUUUAGUAUUUUAGUAAUACUAUCAAGUCACCAGAGCAGCAUUCAAAUUAAAGCUGAGCCUGUUUAGAAAUGUGAUUCCUGUUUUUUCUCACAUAGUGUAAAUUACUGUAAACAGUCAUAAAUGAUUUUCAUGUAAAUGAUCUUCACUCAGGACAGACUGCUUUUCUACUUUUAAACCAAAGGGUUUUUAAUGAGAAAAAAAGGAAAAAGCAAUUGUCUUGAUAAUAAGUCAAAUGGAUUAGCAUAAUUUCUGCCAUAUAUUACCUAUAUUUUAUUUUCUUUGCUUGCUUGACAUCAGUUUGUGUGAAUGAUGCAUACCAUCAUGUACCUUCCUGAAGUAUUGUCAGUUGAAGUUUGUUAUAAUGGCCACAAGAGUGCGGCACAUAAACAUAUCAGGCAUCUGAAUGCUUCUUGAUGACAUGACACAUUGUAGCCUAACCUUUAUUUUAUAAUUAAUAAAUAA